AUGUCAAAAGAUUCGGAUACGGAAGAUGAGCUAGCUUUGUCUGCUCAUGCUCUGGCAGCAUUGCAAGAGUUCCGUUUGGAACAGGAGAAACAUCAGGAUGAGUUUCGUAAGAUCUAUCAGGAGGCAGACAGAGAAUUCUCUGAGGCUAAGAAAAGAAAGGAAGGGAUGAAACUAUUCAAGGAAGAUUGGCAACUAUCUCAAUUUUGGUACACCGAUUCAACAGCCGACUUAUUAGCCGAUGCUUUGCUUGAGGGUGCCGAUGCAGAUACUGUCAUUGCAAUAGUUAGCGCUCCUUCCGUUUACGCCGCCAUCAAGAGAAAACAGGAUCGGGAGAUACCAACGGAACAUAUUUAUCUCAUGGAGUAUGAUAGAAGGUUCGAGCUAAUGGCGGGGAAAGAACAUUUCCUAUUUUAUGAUUACCGGAAUCCUCAAGAUUUUGAUGCAAAGUUAAAGGGUAAGGUCAAUAGGCUUAUAAUCGACCCGCCUUUUUUGAACGAAGAUUGCCAAACCAAAUCCGCGAUAACUGCUAAAGCCCUGCUAGCAGAAAAUGACAAUAGUAAAACUAGAAAUGGUCUUUUGAAACACAGAUUAAUUUCAUGCACAGGUGAAAGAAUGUCCGAAGUGAUCUCUAAGGUCUAUCCAGAUACAAAAAUGACGACUUUCUUACCGGAGCAUGCCAACGGAUUGAGUAAUGAGUUUCGCUGUUACGCUAAUUUCAAGUGGAAUGGAUGGAGCUUCAGUACUAAAUAG